AUGAGGCGGUCGGAGCAGAGAGGAGGACCUUCGUCCUCCUCGAUCGGCGGCCACGUAUACUCCUCCGUCUCGUUCGUGGUCCGCGCCCGCUCGAUGAUCAGCCUGCGGCGGAACAACCAGGUGGUCUCCAUGGAGAACGCCCAGGAGCUGGAGUUGCGAGAGCUCGAACUCUUCCAGGCUCACGUCGCCGAGCGCCUUUCCUCCCUGGCCACCGACGGCGAGGGCAAAGAUGACCGUGAGCACCACGGCCCGCUGGUGACCCUCUCCUUCCUGCAGAAGCUGCUGGACGCCUUCAUCUGCAUCGAGGAGGAGUUCAAGGCGCUGCUGCUGCAGCUGCUCUUCCGAGAUCCGGUCCUCCUCUCCCGGCCGCCCGUCAACGGCCUCGUGGACAGCUUCCUCGACGCCGCCGUCAAGUCUCUGGACAUAUGCAACGCCGUCACGCAGGCCCUCGAGUCGCUGGGUUUCUGCCAGAAGCAGGCCGAGAUCGCCGCCUCUGCGCUGGCCCCAAGCGGCGCCUUCGGGGAGGCCCAGCUUCACCGGGCAAGGAGGGCCCUCUCGAAGCUCCUCGCCUCCCUCGCCCCCAGCCACCGCUACCCGCGCGGAGCCGCCACCACGGAGAGGGCGUCUUCCUUCGGUCGGAGCUCUCGCGUCGACGGCAGCAGCAGCGGCGGCAGCUCCGGCAAUAUUCGGCAGUGCCUCUCGCUGAACGUGUACAGGAACUGGUCGGCAGCAAGGCAAAUCCAGUCUAUGUGGGCCAGCCUCGCCCCGCCGCGCGCCGCCGAGACUUCGGCGCUUGUCGCGGCCGUGUACACGAUGAACGCCGUCAACGUGUUCGUGAUGUGGACGCUGGUGACGGCCUUCUCGGGGCAGGUGCCGGCGAGCUUCCCGCCGCUACUGAAGCAGCUGCCGUGGGCGGCGCCCAUGGCGGCCCUGCAGGAGCGGGUGACCGACGACGGGAAGAGGGACCGCAGGGGCUCGUCGGCGCCGGGAAUUCUGGCGGAGCUGCAAGCGAUGGUGCGGUGCGGGCGCGUGCUGGCGGAGCUGGACGGGCAGUGUGAGGAGCAGCUGCUUGCGAACGUCUCCGUCGAGCUGGCGGCGACUUGCCAGGCCAUGGAAAACAACCUCAGCCCGCUGCAGCGGUCGCUGAGGGAGGUCUUCCACCGGGUAGUCCUCAGCCGGGCGGAGAUCCUCGAUUGCCUCAGCCACGGCGCCUCUCACGAUCCCUCCACUGCUACGUAA